UUUAGUAUAGUUUAAUGCUGGCUGUAUUCUGUUUUAAUUUCUUACUGUUUUCUUUGAAGGUCACAACGUGAAUAUGAAAUAGUAGAAAAGCUGGGAGUGGAUGUUUUUGGACAGGUUCCAACAAAGAAGCAAUUUGAAUGUGUCUGUCCAAACUGCCAACGGAAUCUAGCAGCAUCCAGAUUUGCUCCCCACCUAGAGAAGUGUAUGGGCAUGGGAAGAAACAGUUCACGAAUAGCAAGUCGCCGUCAGGCCCGCAUCGCCAAGGAAAGUGAAACAAGUAAUAGAGUAACGACAUUGGGGAAAGGUGAGAGUGAUGAACAUGAUAGCCCAGAUGAUGAUAAUGAUGUUGACUGGAGUUACAAUGUGGACAAGAAAGUGAAAAAGUUAAAGAAAGAAAAACUUUUAACACACUCUCCUAGGAGGAACAAGCACAAUAAAUUUAGGAAUGGAAAUCACUUAACUGGUGAUAACUCGGAUCGCUCAGGGACUCCAGAACCUACCGUACCUAAUUAUGAGUUGAUGACAGUCGGUAUGUAAAGUUAAUAUGAACUAUUUCCUUCAGGUUGGUAAUGAAGUAUGUACAUAUGAAUAGAUUUGGUAUCUCACAAGCAGUAUUGAAUUCAUAAGAAUGACAUUAUGGUGACUAAACUCAUCAGUGAAGUAUAUGCACACUGAUGAAGUG